UUGAACAUCGACUGUCGAACUAUUACUAUUUAAUUUAUUUUUACUGAACGUUGAAAAUUGUAAUAUUAAGUCUGUUUUACUAUUGAAUAAUGGCAGAGAAAACAAAAUACAAUGAAGAUACGGUGGCGGUGUGGAAACUACCAUUGGCAGACGGUAUUCAUGAAAUAGAAUUUGAACAUGGUACAGCUACUGGUAAAAGGGUUAUUAGAUUGGAUGGAAAAAUAGUGAGACGAAAAGAUUGGAUGUUUCGAUUAGUCGGAGAUGAAGUUUUUGAUAUAGACAAUAUACAAUGCACUAUCAAAGUAGAACCAGAUGGGUUGUUUAUGUACACAUAUGAUUUAUUAGUUGACGGAAGGAGCUUGGAAGAUUUUUGCGAAUAUAUCUCAAAAAAUCGAUCUACUUGGUUAAUUACUGCAGAAGAUGGUGUUGAAAAUCGAAUUAUUCUUGAUAAAGCUUCUAUGGAUAUUAUAGUAAACGGAUCUCAAGUUACAGACGCAAUGUCUGAAUUCAUUGAAAAUGGUACAGAAACACAUUUUGCAGUCGGUGAAAUGUUAGUAACAAUACGAACUGAACAUAGUUGUGAUAAAAAAAUUGGUGUUGUGCACAGUCUAUUCGUUAAUGGUGCUAUGGUUACAGAAUUAUAAUAUUUUAUGAAUUAUUUUUUUUAAACUAAUUUAAUGUUAUU